GACAAUUUGACAAAAAAAUGUUGAUUGAAUUGAUCCGAAAAUGGCUCAAAAAACGUCUAGGUAUUCAUUUGAGCAUAAUUCCCAAAUAUUUUUACAAUGCUGCGCGAGAUGGUACUCUGGUGGCCCAGCUCCUCCUCCACUACGGCGUCAUAACUCCUGAAGAGGCGAAUCUAAUUGAAGAAACGCAAGACUCGGUUCAAGCCUUCGAUAAUUACCAACAUCACAUCGCUAAAUGGUUAAGUCGUGUCAAAUUACAGCUUACAGAAAGCGAAAUGUAUGAAAUAGCGUACUGUGAAGGCACGGUCGCUGCCACAAUUUUCUACGAGUUGUAUUUAAAACUAGAGGCCAAACAGGACUCCAUUCCGAUUAAACCCAAGAAUCAUCAUUUCAAAAUCGAGAAAGUUAGUGAGUUUCAAAUGAACGAUUUUUUUAUCGAAGCUAAUCCCUUGUGCGAGCCUCUGAUCAAACAAUGGGAUAUUAUUAACUGGGAAAAGGACCAUCUAGCGAGUCUCAUGAUGAAAUACAUGAAUUCGAGAGAAGAAUAUAAGGAUUAUUUGGAAGAAAAGAAGAUCAAAGAGCUGAGUGCGUCGGUCAAUGUGGAUAAAUUAGAAGACACUCUUGUUUUUCUAAAAGCAGAAAAGACUGAUUAUACUUAUGACCAGUUGAUAGCCCAACAGAAAGCAGCCCUUGAAAUGGAGCCCUUUGAGCCAAAUCAGGACGAAGCAAGACGAAUCAUAAGCCAAAUUAAGAAAAGAAAAAAGCAAAGGGCGGAGAGAACCGCAUUUAGACUUCAAUUGCAACACCAACUACUUUCAGACGUUUGGAAGAAAAUAGAAGAGAGCCAAGAGUUCGAUUUUGAUAAAGUUAUUUGUGAAAAAUUGUUAAAACAGUCAUUGCAUGAGAAAGAAAUCGAAGAAAAGCUUCUCAUUAUUCGGAAACAGAAAGACACUAUUGUGGCAAACCGGAAGGUCCAUGACGAAAUUGAUCAGAAAAAAAGAGACGAGGAGUUUAUCCGAAGACUCUUCGAGGAGGAUCUUGAAGAACGAAUGAAGUUUCAUCAAGAGAGAAUGGCACAAAUCGCUGAACACAAACGCCUCUAUGAGGGAAAAAUAAAACUCAAAGCUCUAAAACAUCAGAAACUUUGCCAAGAAGUUAUGGAUGAUAUCAUCGACAUUGCCCUUAAAACAGAAGAAUAUAAAGAUACCUACAACGUUGAGCCUGACAAAUACGUAAAAAGGCAAUGGGCGAAUCUCUUCAUCAAGCAACAGCCGAUUUUUGAUUUAGUUGUCCCUUCACAAGACUUGAAACAGCCCCAUGAGGACAUUUCGGCCGAACUUGAGGCGAUUUACAGACAGGAGAUUCAAAGACAGGACAUUCUCGACGAGCAAGAUUUUGAGGAUUAUAUCAACUUUAGCAAUAUUUGGCAAAUUGAGGAAGGUCUUGACGAGUUUCUCACACCAAUGGAACUCGGAAUGAACUGUGUGGGUUUCGCAGUGCACAAACUUUUACUCAAAAAAUACCCUUUACCAAUCCCUGAAAAAGCUCAAGUGUCACAAGAAAUUGAAAUUUCAGUUUGUGCCACUUUGAGUGACUUGAGUCGGAUUGAUAUGCUCCAACGUCUCCUCAACCUCAAAAAUAUCAAAGUUAUGUUGAUCGAAGACGCGGUUAAUUUUUGUAUAGAAGGGUAUGAGAGUGAAUUGAAGACGGAAUUUGAUGAACCGUUUCCAGAGGAAGAGUAUUUAAGGGAGCUGACCCCGAAAAUAGGGAAGAAACAGGAGAAGAAGAAUAAAGGAAAAAAGGGGAAGAAAGGAGAUAAAGCGUCAAAGAAAAGUAAGGAUAAAAAGAAAGACAAAAAGGGGAAGAAAGGUAAAAAGGGGGUAGAAAAGACACACGUUGAGGUCACUUUUGAGGAGAAACAAGCACAAACUCCUCGAUUAUUCCCUUGGGAAAAAGUAGUUUUCUCAAAUAGAGCAAAACUGGGCCGUUUAGUUAAACAAAUUCUGGGUCAAGGUGACCCCCUUGAUGAUAAACUCCAAGUCGAUAUGUUUAUCGAAUAUUUAUCGUCAUUGAAAGAUAUAAAGGGUUGGGUUUUGCUCAACUUUCCCUAUACUUACGAACAAGCGGCCCUUCUUGAGGAGGCUUUGAGUGGCAAAGCUGUCCCAAAGCAAUAUUUCGACAAAUUUCUAAACAAAGAAAGUCUCACCAGUGUUGAAAUUGAAGAGACUGAAGGGAUUGAAGAGGAAGAAAUCCCUAGUAGUGUCACACCGGAGGAAUUACCUCCCCGUGAAGACUUCAUUUUUAAGAAUAUUCAAGAAAACAAAGUCACUCUUGCUGAGAAUAUAACCCAAUCGCAACCGUCGUUUUUUAGUGAAACUACAGAAUGCAUAAGCGAUGUAACAAUGCAGACUGAAUUCAACUACAAUCCGGAAGAAAGAGUGAAGAAGCUUCUUCCCGAUUUGAUAAACUUGGCGUAUUCUUCAGAGGAAGAAAACGAGGUUGAAACGCAGCCGGACCCCAAGAAAUGUAUUUGUGUGUGUAAUCAGGAAACUGAAGAAGUUAAUUCUGCUGAAGAAACUGUUGAAGUUGUAAGUGACAUGAAUGAAAUUGCGUCAGAAAUGAAGAAAUCGGUCGAAUAUGACCAAAUUGAGGAGCAGAAGAUUGAAGAAAAUCAGGAAUGUGUAUGUUAUGUUGAUAAAAUUAAGGACGAUGAAAUUCCAGUUGAGGUGCAGGAAGCCACAAUCCAAACCGAUAUUUUGGGUUUGAUGCACGAACUUGGUGCGAGUGACUCUAAACCGAUUGAGAGAAUCGUCGUUGAAGAUAUUUAUGAAGAUAAGCGUUUGUCGAAAGUUGUCCCAAAUCCACGACCUUUGGAAAAAGAAGAAUACAACACGGUACUUACAGCUUUUAUUAAAGUGUGUCAGAAGAAGGAAGAAAAUGAUGAAGAUGAAGAUUUCCCAUUGCCUUAUUUCAAGGAAAUCGAACGGAAAGAUGGAUUAGAGAAGUUUUAUUGCGAUCAAGGGUGCUACUAUAUCUUACAAUACGACGAAUUUAAUGCUGAGACUGUUAAAUGUUUGGCCAAAAUGAUCAUCGGGGAUUAUAAUUUACCGUUGAAAAAUUCAAUUGAGAUUUUUGGGGAACAUUACAAAGAGGCACUGCUUGAUGUUGGUGACCAUCAAAUCGUAAAAAAGGGAAAGAAAGAGAAGAAGGAUAAGAAAAAGAAGGGGAAAAAGGAGAAAAAACCCAAGCCCAGUAAAAGUAAAAGUGGGACUAAAGCCGGGAAAAAAGACAAGAAGGGUAAAAAGUCGGAAAAAUCCUCCAAAUCCUCCAAAAAGAGCAAAAAAGACAAAAAGGGGAAGAAAGGUAAGAAAGCUAAGAGUACGCACGACCUUUUAGAGGAAGUCGGUCAUGAAGACAAAGAAGUCCAAUUCCCGGCCGUUGAGGAAAUUGAGGAGGAGGAACUCCCGGAGCCUAGAGCCGGUGAACCAGAUUGGGAGUACAUAAACCUGGCAAUCCCGCCCGAAAUUGAGUUAAUCCUAGCCAAUCAUUGGGACAAUUUUGAGGAAAGCUACAUCAAAAAUUUCAAAGAUUUAUUCUUCAACAAGCGGGUGUUACUCAACGAAAUUGUGCCGUUUUUGGCCCAGACUAAAGAAACAAUGAACGAGUUUAUAGUUCGGCCUGACCAAAAACAGUACUAUUUGAGGGAGUUCCAAAAGACUCUCAACGCAAUUGGUUUGGAUUUGAGAAACGAUCAAGCGACCAAAACCGAGCUUUUGUGCAUGAUUGAGGAAUUCCGAGACAAACUUUUGGGGAUUUGUGACACCAAAAUGCAGGAAUCUGAGGAGGAGAGGAGAAGGUUUGUGAGACAAAACUGGCUUUUUCACCAAUUUUGCCAAAUAACGAAUAAUUGUGCUGAAGCAUUUCAAUUUGAAAUCGACCGGACUGUUGAUACUUUACAAUUUUUGUCUGACUAUUACAUUUCUGUGAUUACAAAGUCCUCGAAGGAAGGUUACGAGUUUCACAAACAGAUUUUACCGAAAUUCGACUGUGACGAUUUGCAAAGUGACGAUUUUAAUUCGCUUUUUAUAGAUGUAGAAAGUGAGAAUUGUGACAAAAGUGCGUUUCAUGAAUACAUCACUAACAGUAAUCAAACGGCUUUGGGUUUCGUCGAUAGCAUGAAACCUUUAGCCUUGAAGCCGGUCCAAGACAUGAAGAAAUUAUUCGAACCCGAGGAGAAAGUCAAAGAGAAGAAGAAGAAACAGAAAACAAAACAGAAAAAAAUCGAGUUGGAGGAGGACGUGAAAGAGAACCAAGACCGGAUUUUUGAGGAGUGGCAAUGUGCUAUUGAUGGGGAAUUUGCUCGGACUUACGUCCAUUUGAGUGUCAUACGAAACGAAGCUUUUAAUCGUUUCAACGAUGCGAUUUCUUGGAUUAAAAAAAUUUUUGAGGAGAUUUACGACACGAUCAGUGAGAAGUACGAGAAUGAACUCUCGAAUGUGAACAAGGCAUGUGAGUUGUUGGCGUAUUCUGUGGAACAGGAAAUGAUAAUACAACCGGAAUUGGCGUUUGAAGGGGAACAUUUGGCCCAAAUCCAGGUUACGUUAUUCCCCGCCACUUUGGAAAUGUUUGAGGAGGAUUACAGCGAAGGGUGUUUCAAAAUCGAGCAAUUGGAGUUUAUGGUGAAAGUUUUGCUCGAUUUGGCCCACAGUGGGUAUAUAAUGAGGCAUUGCUUCCUCUUACUGAUCCAGGAUAUCCUCUAUUACGAUUUUGAGGAGUCUGAGGAAGUCGCAACGCCGAAAUUGUGGCGAAAUUUGUCAACUUCAGCUCUUAAUAUCUUGCUUCGGAGGUUGUUCGAUGAUGAAAGUUAUUUGUAUUGGAGAGACUUUAUUAUUUGUAAUUUGAUGGUUUCGUUUCCCACUCGAGAAGAAUUGAUGAAAGUACGACAACAAUGCCGACAAUACGAUCCUGAUUUAACGGAAAAAAUUAACAGGGAUGAGUUUGAGACUGUUGAAUUCUGGUUUGAGGAUAAUCGUGUCAAAAAUUUGCUCUUUUCAAUGUACCAACUUGACGAAAAUGAAAUUAACUACACUGCACUCCUACUCGACUUUUGCAAAGAUCACGAUCCGAUAAUCGGCUUUGUGAAAGCUUUAGAAUUGUCUUUAGGACAGUUUAUUUGUUGUGAUAAAGCUCUCGGGGAGAAAUUCGUUGAGGAGAUUCUCGAAGACCGGAUCUUAUUUGAGAAAAAGAAGAAAGAGCACGAGGAAAACAUAAUUUUGGCCAAAAAUGCCGUAAGUCUCUUAAUUGACCGCAUUGUCGAUCAGUUUGAGGAUCCUGAAGGUUUAACUUUGAGGGAAAUUGAGGAACAUCGAGACUCAAUUGAAGAAAAGUCCCGAUCGAAGAGUUUCCAAUCCGACUUUGUCGGUCAAAUAAUCACCGAACAUAAGUUUUCUUUUACAAAUAUCGGGUUUGAGGCUCGGGAUAAUACAGGAAUGGCCUUUUUUCUGCCUCGAGGGUUGGUCCAAAUAAUUGUGAACACGGAUAUAACCUGGAAUUCCAAAAUUGAACUUCCCGACUCGGAGAGUUUCAGCGACAAAAUCAUGAACAUUUACGACAAUUGCCGCAACGAGAAGUUCAACAAUGUCGUGUUAGCUCACGAGUUUCUCAAUUGUGAGGAGUUGAGGGAAUUGUUCCAAAACACUAAUAAAUUCUCAGCUCAUAAUCCCGUCAAACACAUAAUCACUGAACCGGAAAUAGACGAACCGGAAGAGUUCGUCCUGCGUCAAGGGUCGAAGCAUUCGCAAAACACUGAAACGAUCAACACGCAUAACUCUUAUUAAAAAAUCUUUAUUUUUCUUAUAUAUCACAUUGGUUUUACUUAAAAAUAUAUACAUACAGUCAAAA